UCACAAGCGAGUGGUAACGUCAGCGCAGAGAGGAGGCAGUACCGUUUUUUUUGGAGGGGGUAACUCGACUAGGGGGGGCACUCGUCACCCAUCUCCCCACCCCCAGUCGAAUGAGGUGGAUUUAGGAAGAAAAUAUCCAUACCUGCGACGUGGAGAUAAACCACAGCAACAAACAUAUACGCAUUUGGAAGUUAUCGCACGGCUCCGGUUUUAGUUCUAUUGUGGCGAUCAACAAAGGGACUGAUGUGAAAACAGAAUACAGACUUGUAAAGGGCGUGAUUGUAGCGGUGGUUUGCCCCGUAUAAAAGCGACUACGUUUUUUACACAACUGACAUUUUUGAUUAUUCUUCAAUUUGUUUUUAUUUCAUGGAUGCAAAAUACGCCUUUUUGGAUGAGAAAUUGAAUUUUAAAUUGUCCCUCAUAUGCCCCCCAUAAACAAACUCGGAGGGGGGGCAGUUUAAAAAAAAAUUAAAAAAAACUUCUCACUGACUCAAAGACAUCCUGUUUGAAGACCACAGCCUUCUCUUCGUGGGGCCUCGGCACUCCAGCCAGGUCAAAGGUCGCCCCCGGAGCAAGAUGGCCGCCGGCGGUCCACCCUGCCUCUGUCUGCCGGCACUGCUGCCCCUCAGCACUCUGUUGCUCUGUAUGCUGCUUACUGGCUUCCAUGCCUUAUCACCACCAAGAUUCACUAAAGUUCCCGUAGACCAGAUUGGCGUAUCUGGGGGUGUGGUCUCGUUCGUGUGCCAGGCGACAGGAGACCCUAAGCCCCGGGUGAGCUGGAACAAGAAGGGGAAGAAAGUCAACUCCCAGCGCAUUGAGACUAUAGAGUUCGACGAGGGUGCCGGCGCCGUCCUUCGGAUCCAGCCUCUACGAGCGCCGCGGGACGAGAACAUCUACGAGUGCGUGGCGGAAAAUAGCGAGGGUGAGGUCAACGUUAACGCCAAGCUGUCCAUCAUCAGAGAGGACUUGCUCCCGGGAGGAUUCCCCAACAUAGACAUGGGUCCCCAGCUGAAGGUGGUCGAGCGGACCCGGACAGCCACCAUGCUCUGUGCUGCCAGCGGCAACCCCGACCCAGAAAUCACCUGGUUUAAGGACUUCCUGCCCAUAGACCCCAACGCAAGUAACGGGCGAAUCAAACAGCUGCGCUCAGAAGCCUUUGAGGGUACCCCCAUCCGAGGCGCCCUGCAGAUUGAGAACAGCGAGGAGACGGACCAGGGGAAGUACGAGUGUGUGGCGUCUAACGUGGAAGGCGUGCGUUACUCAUCCCCUGCUAACCUAUAUGUGCGAGAGCUUCGAGAAGUCCGUCGCGUGCCCCCUCGCUUUUCUAUCCCACCGACCAGUCACGAGAUGAUGCCAGGUGGCAGUGUGAACAUCACCUGCGUGGCGGUGGGGUCGCCCAUGCCAUAUGUCAAAUGGAUGCUCAACUCAGAGGACCUGACGCCGGAAGACGAGAUGCCGGUGGGUCGGAAUGUUCUGGAGCUCAACAGCGUGCGAGAGUCUGCCAACUACACAUGCGUGGCCAUGAGCAGUCUGGGCAUCAUCGAGGCGGUGGCGCAGAUCACCGUCAAGUCCCUGCCCAAGCCCCCAGGCACCCCAAUGGUGACCGAGACCACGGCCACCAGUGUCACCAUCACCUGGGACUCGGGCAACCCGGACCCCGUGUCCUAUUACAUCAUCCAGUACCGCGCCAAGUCUCCCGACAGCAAGUUUGAGACCAUGGAUGGCAUCACCACUACGCGAUACAGCAUUGGGGGCCUCUACCCCAACACAGAGUACGAGAUCCGCGUCUCGGCCUUUAACACCAUCGGCCAGGGCCCCCCCAGUGAGCCGGUGGAGACCCGGACCGGGGAACAAGCCCCGGCCAGUCCGCCCCGCAACAUCCAGGCCCGGAUCAUCUCCCAGAACACCAUGAUGGUGCGCUGGGACGAGCCUGAGGAGCCCAAUGGACAGAUCAAAGGGUACCGGGUGUACUACACCAUGGACCCGUCCCAGCCCAUGAGCCUAUGGCAGAUCCAUAAUGUCCAGGAUAGCAUCAUCACCACCAUCCAGAGCCUGGUGGCAUCUGAGACCUACACCAUCCGUGUCCUGGCCUUUACCUCGGUGGGCGACGGGCCCUUCUCCGACCCCAUCCACGUCAAAGUGCUGCAAGGAGUCCCCGGACAGCCAACAAAGUUCCAGGUUGGUGCUGUGUCCGACACAAGCAUGGAGUUGACCUGGGAACCUGCCUUCCAGAAAGAGGGGAUCAUCAGCUUUGAACUUCGGUACAAAGAGGGCAGUUUUGGCAGCCAGGUGACCAAAACUUUCGGCCCCACUGCUUCAUACGUCGUUGAGGGUCUGCGGGCAAACACGGAGUACUACUUCUCUCUGGCUGCCAUUUCCAACAAAGGCAUCGGAGCCUUCACCAACGAAAUAUCCCAGAAAACCUUGCAAGCCAAGCCCUCAGCCCCCCCUCAAGAUGUUAAGUGCAGCAGCUCCAGCUCCACCUCCCUGCUGGUAAGUUGGCGCCCCCCGCCUGUGGAGAGCCAGAAUGGCGCCCUAGCAGGGUACCGAGUGCGCUACCAGGUGGUGGGAGCCUCCGUUGAGGGUGGCAGUGCCGGGGAGCCCAUGGAGGAGCCAGCCGUGCUGCCCAGUGAUGGGAAGGUGCUGCUGCAGAAGCUGGAGAAGUGGACCCAGUACAGCGUCACCCUGGCCGCCUUCACUGAGAUUGGGCCAGGCCCAGAGAGCGAGCCCCUGCUCUGCCGCACCGACGAGGAUGUUCCCGGAGCUCCUCCUAGGCGGGUCGAGGUGGAGGUGCUCAACUCCACGGCGCUCAAGGUCAUGUGGCGCUCCCUGUUGCCGGGGCGACAGCACGGCCAGAUCCGUGGUUACCAGGUGCACUAUGUGCGCGUGGAGAACGGGGAGUCGCGCGGCCCGCCCCUCAUUAAGGACGUCAUGCUUGCCGAUGCCCAGUGGGAAACGGACGAUACAGCCGAAUAUGAAAUGGUCAUCGGAGGGCUACAGUCGGACACCACCUACUCCAUCACAGUAGCUGCGUACACCACGAAGGGAGACGGGGCACGCAGCAAACCCAAACUGGUGGUAACCAAAGGAGCAGUGCCUGGGCCACCCUCUCUGUCGGUGGCUCAGGAUUCAGAGACGUCGGCCGUGGUGUGCUGGGACGCACCUGAUGUUAUGAUCCCUGGCAUGGGGCUGCAGGGUUACCGGCUUCAGUUUGGCCGUAAGGACGUGUCCCCCCUGGCUACUCUGGAGUUCACCCCCCAGGAGAGGCAGUACACGGUGGCUAGUGUCCACCGCGGUGCCACCUACCUCUUCAAAGUCCAGGCCAAGAGUCGGGGGGGCUUCGGUGAGGAGGCGACAGCCGAACUGCAGGUGCCCGAACACACACCCCAGGGGUACCCCCAAAUCAGAGAAACCUCCAACGUGACCUGCUGCUCGGUGGAAUUGUCAUGGUCGCCCCCGAUGCUGGCAGAGCGCAACGGGGACAUCACAGAGUACACGCUAGCAUACCAGGAGACGGGCUUGGGGGACGCGCCCCGGGAGCUCAGCCUGCCCGCAAGCCAGUCCACCUACGUGCUCAACAGCCUCAAACCCAACUCGGCGUACGACGUGAAAAUACGCGCGCACACGAGUGUAGGUCCAGGGCCCUACAGCCCGCCGAUCCAGUAUCGGACAGUGGCGUUUGAGACAGACGUCCCAAAGAACUUCACGGUGAAGUGGGUAACCAAGACAACGGUGUUGCUAACAUGGAAGUUUGUUGAGAGGCGGUUCCCAUUUCGGUGCACGAUCGAGUACAACCGUCAGAAGAUGGACGUCGACGCCCGGCUGACCAAGGCGCUAGUCACCAGCCUGCGGCCCAACACCACCUAUGAGUUCCGGGUCACGUGUCAGGAGAACACAGAGGGUGGACCUCGCCACCGUGUGGUCGCUAGGACCACACCGCCCAUCCUGGUCAAGAAGCCCAAGCUGGAUCUCUACUCGGAGCCAGACAACAUUCUGACCAUGGGUUUCGCCCCGGUGGAGACCAAGGACAUCAAGGACUUCUAUGUGGUGGCUGUACCACUAAAGAAGGGUUUGGGGACUGCACGACAUCUCAAGAACCCAGACGAAAUGGACUUGGAAGAGCUGCUGAGGGACAUCACCCCGAAGCGUCGCACCAGGCGUCAGCUGAGCCAGGCGGAUGGCAAGAAGCCAUACAUCACAGCCUGCUUCAAGCAGCUCCCCACCUCGUUCACCCUGGGCACAGAGCACCGCCACAGCAGCUGUGAGAGCAAACCUCUGGAGCCCGGGCAGGAAUACGUCUUCUUCCUACUGGCUGAGCUCAACACCACCGCCGGGAAAAUGUUUGCGGCCAGCCCAUACACGGACUUAGUGGUGACCCCAGAGCUAGAGGCUGAUCCUCUGCCCAUGGAGACAGGUGGGGACGGCCUCAUCUGGGUGGUGGGGCCCGUCCUGGCCGUAGUCUUCAUCAUCUGCAUCGUCAUCGCCAUCCUCCUCUACAAGAACAGCAAACCUGACAGCCGCAAACGAAAGGAGUCAGAGCCCAGAACAAAAUGUCUGCUGAACAACGCAGAGAUCACCCCCCACCACCCCACAGACCCAGUGGAGAUGAGACGCAUUAACUUCCAGACCACAGGAAUGAUGAGUCAUCCCCCCAUCCCCAUCGCAGAGCUGGCUGAACACACGGAUCUUCUCAAAGCCAACGACAACCUGAAACUCUCCCAGGAGUAUGAGUCCAUCGAUCCAGGCCAGCAGUUUACAUGGGAACACUCCAACCUGGAGGUGAACAAGCCUAAAAACCGCUACGCCAAUGUCAUCGCCUACGACCACUCCCGCGUCAUCCUUGCACCCAUCGAAGGUAUUACUGGCAGUGAUUAUAUCAACGCCAACUACAUAGACGGCUACAGGAAGCAGAAUGCCUACAUGGCUACGCAGGGCCCGCUGCCCGAGACGUUCGGGGACUUCUGGAGGAUGGUGUGGGAACAGAGAGCAGCCACUGUGGUCAUGAUGACCAGACUGGAAGAGAAAUCACGGAUCAAGUGUGACCAGUACUGGCCCAGUCGAGGCACAGAGACCUAUGGUAUGACCCAGGUGACUCUACUGGAUACCAUAGAGCUGGCCACCUUCUGUGUUCGCACUUUCUCCCUGCACAAGGUACGAAAUGGCUCCAGUGAGAAGCGGGAGGUCCGUCAGUUCCAGUUCACGGCGUGGCCCGACCACGGGGUCCCCGAGUACCCCACCCCCUUCCUGGCGUUCCUCCGCCGGGUCAAGACCUGUAACCCCCCAGACGCAGGCCCCAUCAUCGCUCACUGCAGUGCGGGCGUGGGGCGGACAGGCUGCUUCAUCGUGAUCGAUGCCAUGCUGGAGCGCAUCAAGCACGAGAAAACAGUGGACAUCUACGGCCACGUGACCCUGAUGCGAUCGCAACGGAACUACAUGGUGCAGACGGAGGACCAGUACAGCUUCAACCACGACGCUUUGCUGGAGGCGGUGGCGUGCGGCAACACGGAGGUGGCAGCCAGGAGCCUGUUCUCCUACAUCCAGAAGCUGGCCCAGGUGGAGACGGGCGAGCACGUCACCGGCAUGGAGCUGGAGUUUAAGCGCCUUGCCAACUCCAAGGCCCAUACGUCCAGGUUUAUCAGUGCCAACCUGCCCUGCAACAAGUUCAAGAACCGUCUGGUGAACAUCAUGCCCUACGAGACCACCCGCGUCUGCCUGCAGCCAAUCAGGGGCCUCGAGGGCUCAGACUACAUCAACGCCAGCUUCAUCGACGGAUACAGGCAACAGAAGGCCUACAUCGCAACGCAGGGCCCGUUGGCAGAGACCACAGAGGACUUCUGGAGGAUGAUGUGGGAGAACAACUCCACUAUCGUAGUCAUGCUCACCAAACUCCGAGAGAUGGGCAGGGAAAAGUGUCAUCAGUACUGGCCCGCUGAGCGUUCGGCCAGGUACCAGUACUUUGUAGUGGACCCCAUGGCUGAGUACAACAUGCCCCAGUACAUCCUCCGAGAGUUCAAAGUCACCGAUGCAAGAGACGGGCAGUCCAGGACAGUGCGGCAGUUCCAGUUCACUGAUUGGCCGGAGCAGGGGGUGCCCAAGUCAGGGGAGGGCUUCAUAGACUUCAUAGGCCAGGUGCACAAAACCAAGGAGCAGUUUGGCCAGGACGGACCCAUCUCUGUCCACUGCAGUGCGGGGGUUGGCCGGAGCGGUGUCUUCACCACACUCAGCAUCGUGCUGGAGAGGAUGCGCUAUGAAGGCGUGGUAGACAUCUUUCAGACGGUCAAGAUGCUGCGGACACAGAGGCCGGCCAUGGUGCAGACAGAGGAUGAAUAUCAGUUUUGUUACCAGGCGGGUCUGGAAUACCUAGGAAGCUUUGAUCACUAUGCAACGUAAAAAUCCAUCUCGUCCCCCGAAUCCUAUGUCCCCCUCAACAGUCUCCUGAGCCAUAGAAAUGACAACAACAACAGCAGCCAGAAAACAAAAUUCAACCAACAGAAUAGCAAACGAAUUGUAGAUUUUUUUUUUUUUUUUUUAAAGCCAACAAGAGUGCAAUUCCAAUUGGACCCAAUGGACUUUGAUGCCGGUGAGGAAACCGUAAAUGACUCCAUCAGCAGAACUAAUUGACGCCCCUCACUCUGAAGAAAGGAACCAAAAGUGGUGGCUCAAGCUGUGGGGUGGGAAUAAUUAAAGCGUCGGACUGCGAACCUUACCUCAAGUGUUCAGAUGUGGAGGUGGACAUUGUAAACAUUUCGUGGACAUCUAUUAAAAAAAUAACUACGUUACAAACAAUACAAAGAUAACAGUGAAUGAAGGAAAAACCAACUAGGCGAACGUGACUGAGGUAAAAAAAAGGGAUUGGUAAAAACUGCGAAAAUGGUGGAGUGGAUGUAGCUUAGAUGGGGAAGCGUUCGCCUUUUUUACCAUGUAAGGACAGAGGUUCAGAGUUCCUAGUUGUUUAGAAACACUUCUGAUGGAAAACUGUGGUUGUCUGUGUACACAGAUGAUUGUCCCCAAAAUGUCAGACACCUCUGAUGAGACAAACACACUGAGUUAACGGUAAGGUACUGGCAAGAGAAGUCAUCCUCCAUUCGGUACCCCCUACCACACUCAUUCUUCUCUCUAAGCAAGAUAACUUCUACUGCCCAUAGUUCUGUUACAACUUUAGAAGCUCAACUCCCAACUCCUCACAUGUCCAUCAUCUCGUACAAAGGGCAGCCCUAUAUCCCUUCAACUCUUUGGGCUAAGAGGAGCUUCUGCAGUACAGAAUAUUCUGGGGGAAAGUGAUGACGGUGUCAUAAAGUGACUGUCAGCGGUGGAUAUCGUCAAAUGCCAAUUCAAUCAACUUACCGUUUCAGUUUCUCCAUCACUUGACGUGUGGAGCUUCUUGAGGACAAACCCCAACAUGUUUAUACAGUAACCACUGAUAUAGCUCUCUUAGCCUCAGUCACCAUGGAAACUGGGUAAAAAGAGACCGCUCUUGCAAGACCAGAUAAAUGACAAUGAAGUCCCUUGACUUUUUACUGUCACUCUUCGUUCAGGACUAGUUUUUACUGGUGCAGUGCCCAACAUAUUGAACGAGUGGAAUCACCACAGGAGAACUUGGCAUGGUGAAUGGCGGCAACUGAGCUCUCUUUGCAAACUUGUACAGUGACCAACAACCCAUUGUAAUCAUUUGUUAAUUUUGUCUUACAAUUACUUGUAUUUCUGGGGGGUUUCUGUCAAUACCAAACAUGCUGCUUAUUCUCCUGUAUGCUGUAAGUGUGACUCUGGUAUGGAAUGACAAUGGAGGUGCCUGGUCUGGCGGUGUCAGUUUGCACCCAUACGGCUGAGACUGAAAACGCAUCCACAUGUUAUGGUCCCCCCCCAUCAACUCCUCUCAGCCUCCUCUAUACUCACUGUCUCACUCGACAUUCAUCCCAAGCUUGACUUAAAGAGAGAGACUAGUGCUCUACUAACAGUGGAAGGACAGUGGUUCAAAGUUGUGAGGAACUGAGUUGAUAAACCAGAGAAAGAUUCCUGUCUAUUCCACUAUGGAUGACUGGCCAAAGACCAUUGUGGAUGACUGGCCAAAGGCCACUGUGGAUGACUGGGGAAGAACUGGCCAUUUUGGAUUUGAAUGUUGUGAUGUGAAAGUUAUGUCCACGAUACAAAUGACUUGCACAUCACUAAACUUUAAAUCUAAACAAUAGCAGGGCCGAUUCUACGCACUAUGUACACGUGUCUGAUAAAAACAAGCCCUCAAAGCCCACAAUUUUAUUUUUUCUCAGAGGUCAGUGCUUUGGUAUACCCAGGGGUAUGCUUUUACAAUGGAUUCUGUGAAGGUUUUUGGAUUGGUAUAUACACUAACAGAAUGAUGAAAGGAACUGUGUGUAGUCUUUCUGAUUUCCAAAAAAGCCUUAUUGUUAUUGUAACAUUAUGGAAACAUGAAUGUUGUGUUAUGAUGACUAUUGUUAUUUUACUUUACAUAGCUUACUUUUUAUUUUAUUUUUUUGUUUCGUUUUUUUUACAGAGAUAUUGUAUCACAUUUUUUUAAAUUAGCAGGAAAAAAAUGUAUGCUUAUUUGUUCAUAUUAUGUUAAAAGACAUUCUAUUUUUUCACUAUAGAAAUGUUAUGUAUAACGUGUGGAUGUGUGCCUAUAUAUAUAUAUAUAUAUAUAUAUAUAUAUAUAUAUAUAUAUAUAUCGCACAUUCAUAUAUAUUUAAAUGAAGAAUAUAAAGAUGUAUCCAAAUGUAUUUUUUUCUGUUUCUUAUUUUUAUUGUAUUUUUUACCACCCAUAAACUUUCAAUUGCUCAUGUAAAAGUCUGAUGGAUUUUUUUUGUUUUGUAACCAUGAACUUAACCUUAAAUAUUGUGUGUUUCUCUGGAAACAAUUAGGGGAGGUGUCUGGCCGGGCGCCGCUCCUGCAACCCUUUUUAAAUCCUACCACUUGGUAGACCUGUGCCGAUAAGGAGAUGGUGUCUUUUUAAUUGUUGUUGAAAUUACUAUUAUCAUUAGCUAACAAUAGUCAUGUAUUUGUUUGAGUAUUAUUUUCAUAUGUAGUAGAUUAAAUAGUCUACAAAGCAUUCAACUGGAGGAAAGGUAUUACCCAUUUUGCUGAAUUUGCCAGACUAAAGGUACUGUACUUUUUGACCAUGUACAGACCGUCAUCUCCCUCUUUCUCAGAAGUCCAUUAUUUCCUCCUCUUUAUUUGGGUGUUUCUUUUCAGACACAACACGAUCAUCCAUUUGUUAGAUAUCAACUAUGAUCCAGAAUAUAACACCUGUAAAUAAACAAACAUAUAGAUUAUAUGUAUUUGUUUAAUUUAACUCUCAAUGCUCUCUUACUUCAGAUCACAUACUGAACUGCAAAGAUAAGGUUCUGCUCAUUGCAAAGUUCACAGUGUAAAGUGUACUUUCUCCCUUUGUAACAUUUGUAGUCCACUCUGCUCUCUGUUCUUAAGUCCCCUCUUUCUUUGUCAUAUCUACCAUGUUAGCAAUAUCCCCUGCUAGCCACCCACAGCUAACUCUGUUAUGAGAUGCCAAUGAUGACCCCUCAGCACAGGCUGUCUAGCCCUAAAGUGAACAGGGCUGGGAAAUGAUGGCAACCAAAGGACUAUUCCUUUCCAAAACAAAAGCUCUAUCUUUCCACCCAAAGAAAGGAGAAGUGCUAGUUCCCAACUGCCUAAAAAGCCAAUAAGUGGAUUGUCCAUUGGCAGUCAUAGAGAGAAACAAGAGAUAGUUUUGCUACUUAGCAACUGGCCAUAGUGCGAUGACACAGCCAUUAAGGGCAAAGUACUACAGUACACUACCACUGAUUCUGAAUCAUAACAUGAUGUAAGAGGGUUCAUUAUACUGUAAGAACCUAGUACCAUACUGUGUUCAUUCUUAUUCUUUUUUUAAUGUUUUGUUACGGGAUGCAGAAUGAGUCAGGACUGAAUGGGAAGGAGCCGUGUGAUGCAAAGACUAGGAUGAAGGAAGACGAAACAACAAAGACAUUUCCAGCAUAGCCUUUUCAAGUGGGAAUCGCAGACCUUUUCAUAUGAACAAAUCUUGAAAUUAGGACUUUUUGUGACUGAAUUCAAAGACUGGUUAAGGGCCCAUGACAAAAAACAAGACUGGACAUCUUUGGAAGUUUGUGCGAUGUGUUACUCUUUGACUUCAUGUUAAGAUGCCAGACGUUUGACAACAAUAGCAGCCAAAUCUACUGGAAUAUUCCGCCGAGGUGGGGAAAUUAACAAAAGAGAAAAAUUACUAUCAAAUAAUAGAACCUAUACGUACAACAGCCAACAAAAAGAUAAAGAACCUAAGCUCAAUCAAAAUAGUUUUUUCUUUGUAUGAGGGCCAAGUGCUAUCGCUUUCAAACUGUUACUUCUAACUGAAACAAUGAUUGGUUAAAAACCACUGUGUAUGUAGAUAUGUUGACUUUGUAUUAAAAAAAUGUUGUCUGAA